GAACACACACACUUAAACUGAGUGACACGCAUUGUCUAUAUUUAUUUUUUAAGUCAGACAGCUGCAGUACUAACCAAACAAGAGCAAAGCGAGGCAGUGAGAGAAAUAGAGACAGUUGGAAGAGCGGACGGUGGGGACACGUUCAUUUUUCAGCCACGGGAAGAUCCUGAACUACUGAGCCAAGUACCUGAUCUCCAGGAUUCCUGCGCCUCCUGCUCUGGUUCUGAUCGGAUCAUGGAGGGCGGUGGUGAAGCAACCAUGAGCACCUUCAUCAUGGAUGAGGAGACGCUCAAGAGGAAGCAGAGAGAGAAACUCAAGAAGCUCCAGGCCACAGGUGGAAACCCACGGCCGGCGCGAUCCCUCCUCUUCCUCACGCUGAAGAACCCCUUCCGCAAGGCCUGCAUAAACAUUGUAGAGUGGAAACCAUUUGAAAUCAUCAUCCUCCUCACCAUCUUUGCAAACUGUGUAGCUCUGGCCGUUUUCAUGCCCAUGCCUGAGGAAGAUACGAAUAACACCAACAGCAACUUAGAGAGUCUCGAGUACAUUUUUCUCAUCAUAUUCACUAUGGAAUGUUUCCUGAAGAUCGUGGCGUACGGGCUUCUCUUUCACGCCGAUGCUUAUUUGCGGAACUGCUGGAAUAUAUUAGAUUUUGUCAUUGUGACAAUGGGGUUGUUCACUGUCGUGGUGGACUUCAUUAAUAACAUCAGCGGCGUGGAGGCGCCGGUGGAACAGAAAGGCGGGUUUGACAUGAAAGCCCUCCGAGCAUUUAGAGUCCUGCGGCCCCUGAGGCUCGUCUCUGGGGUCCCCAGCCUGCAGGUGGUGAUGAGCUCCAUUCUCAAGUCCAUGCUGCCGCUGUUCCACAUCUCUCUGCUGGUCUUCUUCAUGGUCACCAUCUACGCCAUCAUAGGCCUGGAGCUUUUCAAAUGCAAAAUGCAUAAAACAUGUUACCAUGUUGGCACAGAUAUCAUCGCCACGGGGGAUGAUGCGCAGGCGGCUCCGUGCGCUCAGGCCGGUAACGGAAGGCGCUGCACUCUAAAUGGAACCGAGUGCAGCGGUGGUUGGCCUGGGCCGAAUAACGGCAUUACCCACUUUGACAAUCUGGGAUUUUCCAUGAUCACGGUAUACCAGUGCAUCACCACUCAGGGCUGGACGGAUGUUCUGUACUGGGUAAAUGACGCGAUUGGAAUGGAGUGGCCCUGGCUGUAUUUUGUGACUCUGAUUCUCUUGGGCUCGUUCUUCAUCUUGAAUCUGGUUCUGGGGGUUCUGUGCGGCGAGUUCACUAAGGAGAGAGAGAAGAGUUCUCGAAGCGGAGAGUAUCAGAAACUGAGGGAGCGUCAGCAGUUUGACGAGGAUCUGAAGGGAUACAUGGAGUGGAUCACACAGGCAGAGGUCAUGGACAAUGACCAGGAGGGGCAAGGUCUGCUUCCACUACAGGAUGGAGCCGACACAGAAACCCUCUAUGAGCUGGAAGCACUCAACAAACUCAUGUAUUAUGUUCGACAUGCUCGUCGCUGGAACCGUUUUUUUAGGAGGAAAUGUCGUGCAUGGGUUAAGUCCAGGUUGUUCCAUUGGCUGGUGAUUCUGCUGGUGUUCUUCAACACUCUGGCAAUUGCAACCGAGCACCACGGUCAGCCCGAGUCUCUCACCAACUUCCAAGACAAUACCAAUAAGGUGCUGUUGUCUCUGUUUGCGGUGGAGAUGUUUAUGAAGAUGUACGCGAUGGGCCUGCCGUCGUACUUCAUGUCCCUCUUUAACCGUUUUGACUGCUUUGUGGUGUCUGUGGGAAUCCUUGAGAUCAUUCUCGUACGUAUGGAUAUUAUGUCCGUCAUGGGGAUCUCCAUACUGCGUUGCAUUCGCCUGCUGCGCCUCUUCAAAGUAACCCGGUACUGGACAUCACUGAACAAUCUUGUGGCGUCGCUCUUGAACUCUGUGCGAUCCAUCGCCUCGCUCCUGCUGCUCCUCUUCCUCUUCAUCGUUAUCUUCGCCCUGCUUGGUAUGCAGGUUUUCGGAGGGAAGUUUAAUUUUCCAGAUGAGCAUGUGAGACGGAGCAACUUUGACAAUUUUCCUCAGGCUCUGAUCACCGUUUUCCAGAUCCUCACAGGUGAAGGCUGGAACUACGUCAUGUAUGAUGGCAUCUUGGCUCACGGAGGUCCUGCCAUGCCUGGAAUCCUGGUCAGCAUCUACUUCAUUAUCCUGUUCAUCUGUGGAAACUAUAUCCUCUUGAACGUCUUCCUGGCAAUUGCGGUGGAUAAUUUGGCCGAGGCAGAGAGUCUGACCUCUGCCCAGAAAGAGAAGGCAGAGGAGAAGAAGCGGAAGAGACUUCUUAGAGAAAACCUACCUGAUAAGGCAGAGGAAGAAAAGGCCAUGCUGGCAAAGAAACUAGCCGAGCAGAGAGCCAAGAUUGAUGGAAUUCCCACCACAGCCAAGCUCAAAGUGGACGAAUUUGAAUCAAAUGUGAACGAGAUUAAAGAUCCAUUUCCUCCAGCUGAUUUUCCAGGUGACGAUGAGGAGGAGGAGCCAGAGAUCCCCCUCAGUCCUCGGCCUCGUCCAAUGGCAGACCUGCAGCUGAAGGAGACAGUGGUACCCAUGCCAGAGGCCAGUUCCUUCUUCAUCUUCGGCCCACAGAACAAGUUCCGCAAACUCUGCCAUCGCAUCAUCAAUGCUACAACCUUCACCAACAUCAUCCUCCUCUUCAUCCUGCUUAGCAGUAUCUCAUUGGCUGCGGAGGACCCCAUCGACCCGAUGUCCUUCAGGAACCAGGUCCUGGCCUACGCUGAUUAUGUCUUCACUUCGGUUUUUACCGCAGAGAUUGUGCUGAAGAUGACCACGUAUGGUGCCUUCUUGCACAAGGGCUCUUUCUGCCGUAAUUCCUUCAACAUCCUGGACCUGAUUGUUGUCGGUGUCUCCCUGCUGUCCAUGGGAAUGGAAUCAAGCGCCAUCUCGGUGGUAAAAAUCCUCAGGGUCUUGAGAGUGUUGAGACCUUUAAGAGCCAUAAAUCGAGCUAAAGGUCUCAAACAUGUGGUCCAGUGUGUGUUUGUGGCCAUCAAGACCAUCGGCAACAUCGUUUUAGUCACGAUGCUCUUGGAUUUCAUGUUUGCCUGCAUUGGCGUUCAGCUUUUUAAGGGGAAAUUUUUUUUCUGCACAGACCCGCUCAAAAUGACGGCGGAAGAAUGCCGGGGAAGGUUUAUACAACACCAGGAACACGCUCUCCACGACAUGGUGCUCAGUCAACGUAUAUGGAUGAACAGUGACUUAAACUUCGACAGCGUUUUGAACGGCAUGCUGGCUCUCUUCACCGUGUCAACAUUCGAAGGCUGGCCAGAGUGGGUUUAUAAUGAACAACUCCCUUUCAAACCUGUGACCAGUGCUGGCAAAAUGAGUGUGAAUGCGCACAGGCUAAUUUUGAGCUAUAGGCAAAAUAAGCGAAAAACGUCGAUUUUGAGGUUUUCGCAAAAAUGUGUUCAUUAGUCCCU